AAAAAGGAAUUUACAUGUUUGCCGCCAUUCCUUUGUUUAAAUUUUGCCAGCAUGCUAUUUUAUUCUACUUAUGUUUCAAUCGUUGGAUUAUUAAUAAUAACUUAAGUCAUCAUGAUUAUUCCUUGAGUAUACCUGCUCAAGAUGUACACGCGAUAAUACGUGGCGAAGAGGAUAGGAAUUUUUCACCCCUUGAGGAAGUUGAGCUACAACUGGACUUUAAUGAAAAUGCAAUUUCUCAAAGACUGGUCAUGAAUAAUUUCGACGUGAUCCCAGUACAGCUAUUUACUUAAUGUUUUCCGUAUGGACAUUUUUGAUGAAGCCUCGGGAAGGUUGUGUUGUGAAAGGGCACGGCGACCUCAUUGUAAGACUUGUGUGUGCUAUGAUGAGGUUGAGAUAAAAAGCAAAAUUACUGUGUCCAAACCACAACUUCAUAUGCACACUCGGAGACUUUCACCUUGCAAAGUCAAUAGUUUUGCAUAUGACUAUGGAUGUUCUGUCAGACAUCCGACUGAAAGAGAUUUGGAUUCAAUGUUCCCUCCUCUAAUAUCGCCUCGUAAAAUAGAGAGAACAUGCCAGUGUGACAACAAGUAUCGGACAUUUGAGAAAUGGUUUCGAAGAUUUGAUUUCGAUUGCAAUGGAUUUUUAGACCUGUUUGAACUAAGGACGAUGUUGAAUUUCUUAGGGGUACAGGCUAAAGAGGAUUAUUGUAAGCGUUUACUGGAUAGAGCAGAUAGAGAUAGAGAUGGAAGAUUGACCUUUUCUGAAUUUCUCCUAAUGUGGCGAUUGGCUCAGGACGAAGAAGAACUAAUGGACAUCAUUAGAGAACACGAUUUGUACCCAGAUGUUUUACAAGUGGACUAUGUGUCUAAACUUCGACCAAAAGCACCGGUGAUCACGAAGCGCAAAGUUGGACGCCAUCACAAAUGUGGAUGUGAAACUACUACCACGAAAACGUUCAGAUUGAGCCCUAAGGAAGAGUCAAUCAUAUAUGAAUCCGAAAUAUCUCAUUCAACCCCAGGUGAUGACAAACUUCCCAUAUUUUCUUGCUAUCGAUAAAAUGGACUGAAUAAUAUUUAGAAUUAAAAUAAAAUUGCGAUGCUUUCAAUUGAAUAAAACAUUUCAUUUGAAAAUUA